AUGACAACUUACAAUAAAACACUCCUAUUAUUAGCUUCUAAAUUAGGACUUGAAGAUGAGGAAAAAGUUUUGGGUAAAGCAGCUGAGUUGGAACGUCUUCUCCAAACUAAAACCAUCGCAGGAAACAAUAUGACUGACACAAGUAAAAUUGUAAUAUGUCUUGACUUAGCAACAAAUAUAUGUGGUGUAGAUUUAGAUUUGAAAACAGCAAUCAAAUAUUCUGGUUUAAAACAACCUACCUAUAUAAAUUCAAGGAAAAUUGUUGAGAAUUUGCUAGAAAUAAGUAGUAAUAAGUUAACAAUAUCAGCCUUAUGUCUAACACUGCAAUGCAGCAAAGUACAAGUCUUAGCUGAGGAGAUUCUAGAAGAGUUUAAGAAAAAAUCUAAAAUGGAAGUGGAUUUAAGUCUGCCACAGUAUGUCUGUAUGGCUGUAUAUCAAGCUUGCAGAAUCAACAAGGUGAAAAUAUCAAAAAGUAAAAUGAUAGAAAAGUCCCGCUUGAAACCAACACAGUGGGCAAAAUUAGACACCGAUUGGUCUAAAUUUGUGGAUGACAAUUUUUCUUCUGUUAAAAAGAAAAGGGGACGGCGCGUCAAAGAUAAUGUAGAAAAUGGUAAUGAUGAUAGUGAGAAAAUGGAUACUGAUGCUUGUAAUAACGAAGUAUCAACAGAGCCCCAAAUAGAACCAUAUGAAGACUGGAAACGACGCAUGCUUGAGGAAGCAUACAAGGAGUUAAAGGAAUUACAACAAUCUGAAAAAAAUCAAAACAUGACUCCAAGAAGAUCUCCUAGGAAAACUCCACAAAAGAAUUCUCCUUGUAAGACUCCCAAUAAGGUCAAUGGCGUCAGGUUGCUUUUCCCAAAAGAUUUAUAA